AAAGAUUGUGUUGCCGCCAAUUGUGUAUUAAAAUCCCUUCGAACUUUCAAAUGGAUAAGACGUGGUUCUGCUAUGAUACGCAUAUAAAACAACCACGUCUGUAGAAGUGGAGGUCAAUUCCCUAUCAGAUGAGUCACCUAUAUGAGGAUGAAGAGGAUUACGAAGAAAAUGGAUAUGACGAUAGUGAGACACAAGAUGUUGGUGGCGACUUUAAUAUUCAACAAGACGACGACAGCGAAACACAAGAUGUUGGUGGCAUGUUUCAUCAGCAAGAUGACGUCAAUGUUUCAUCAGAGGCGCCUGGGGGAAUAAAGAAGCACCGUGGUCCAAAACAGAAGAAUUGGGCAAUGGAGGGUCGGGAAAAGCUCUUGUGGAAUCGUUUUGGACUUCCUAAGGGUCCACGAUUGAAGGUGGCAAGAUUCUCAAGAUUCUUGGGUAUUUUGGCAAAAGACUUUACACUUUUUCCAAUUAGUACACCUGACUACCGGCAUUUCAAGCUAGUGACAAUCUUGCAAGGGCUUGGAAUCGUGUUAAGGAAACUAUUGAUUGGUCUAAUCCUUGGGUUGCAAGUUUGGAAGGUAAAAUCAAGAAAAGGGUGAAGAGCAAGUUAAAUGAACGGUGGAAGCACUGGAAGUCUCAGUUGCGUAAAAAAUGGUAUAAACCAUUCAUGAACACACCACGUAGGUUUCAAAAGCCUAAUGAUGAUCGUGUCAAUGAGCGUCAAUGGAAAAUUUUUGUUG